AUGGCUUCGGCGAUCCCAGAUGCUUUCAAGAACACAGUACACAAGUUGGGCCGCUGGCACAUUAUGAAGAAGUACAUGGAACACCUUGCAUACCUGUACAACCUGCACGAACACUUUAAGGAUGAAUUCACAUCAAUCCUCAACUGGCCCCUCAUGCCAACUGAGUUUGAGGCUGCCUGGAAAAUACUCAUGGAUAAGUACAACCUCCACGAUGAUGCCACGAUGGUGGCCAUGUGGAAUGAGCGUGAGAGAUGGAUAUCAGCCUACUUCAAAGAAAUUUUCUGCGCCAAAAUGACAUCCACACAGCGAACUGAGAGCAUGAACUAUGUGCUCAAGAAGAACUUCAUAAGUGAGAGACAAAACCUACACCGGUUUGUCAGCCAGAAGGAACAAAACACGCUGACCUUCUAUGGGUUUGACACCCAGAUGGCAAAGGUUUACUCACGAGCUGUGUACAGCGAGAUCAGAAAUAGGCUAAAAUUGAGCACACUCUUCACGGCGACAGAGACAGAAGAGCCCACAAAGUACCUCGUGCGCUACAACCACCCGCAAAAACUGUCUGCGUGGGCUCAGCACGCGUUCCAGGUGGUUGCAGACCCCGUGGGAGAAACAUAUGAGUGCGAGUGCAGGCUAUGGGACCACACAGGUCUUUUCUGCGUGCAUGUCCUGUGCAUGAUGGAGACAAUUAAGGCUGCCAGCGUUCCAGAGAAAUACAUCCUUAGGAGAUACACGAAACGCCCGAACAUCUAG